AUGAACAAUCAUCGAACGUGGCAGGCAUCAGCGCCUGUUCACAACGCAAAAUACUUCUCUGCUUCGCCGACAUACAACAAAUGGGUGAAGCUCACUGCUGCCGAUGUCCACGCAUUGCGUGAGGUGCCUGGAUUUGAAGGCCAAAACGUAUACUUCCACUUGAAUCAUCCUGUUCGCUUCGUUUACCUCGUCGCACCCAUUGUGGCCAUCCACGAGAUCCCGAAUACGAAAUUCCUUCUCUUGACCCUCGACGAUAGCAGCGGUGUAUGCAUCGAUGUCAAAAUCGAGCGCAAAGAUCCCGCAAAAGUCGAACCCAACACCUCAAAUACCGUGGUCGAGAACUUGAACAUCAACACUGCGAUCGGCUAUGAUGUCGAAGUCACCAUUGACGGGCAAAAGGUGGACAUUGCAAGUGUGGUCAAAGUCAAGUGUACGAUCGGAAAGUUCAGGGGCGUGAUGCAAUUGGAGCUGAAGAGGUGUGGGGUCAUCAAGGAUACCACUGAGGAGAUUGCGGCGUGGCAGUCCAUGUCGGAAUUCAAGAGGGAUGUGCUGGCUAGACUGUGGAUCUUGAGCACUGCUGAGCAAGCCAAGUUGGACAUGCAAAUCUACGAGGAAGCUGUGCAAGAGCAAGAAGAGGAGCGAAGAGAACGACGCAGUCAAAGAGCUCUCCAGAAACGAGAAGAGCAGCGUGCUGCAAAGAGACAAGCCAGGGAAGAGGAGCAAGAGAAGAGACGACUUGCUGCUGAACGCAGAUACAACCAAGGAGCUUUGAUCUGA